AAAAAAAAACAACAACAACAAACACAUGUUUACCUUUAUAUACUCUUUGCACGUGUUGAUGACUUAUCGUUAGACAGAAAAACAAUUUAGUUUUGCCGUAUAUUAUACAAUAUAACACAAUGGGUAAGAAGAAAAAUAAGAAUAAAGUGAGCGGCGCAGUUAAAACCGCUGCAAAAACGGAGAAGAAACUUGCAAAUAAACUUAAAAAGGAACUCGCUAAUUUGGGAGAGGAAGAUAUAGCCAAAGUUAUAGCAGAAAUUGAGAGAGAAGAGGCUAAACGAACAGCAGCGGCAGAAAAAGUACUGCCCAAUCCACCAACAGCAAGGGCGUAUGCCUCUCUGACUCCUCACCCCACUAAUAAUGAACUGAUCUUGUUUGGAGGGGAGUUUCAUAAUGGAAAACAGACAGAAGUAUACAAUGACUUACUCUUCUACAACGCUGCCAAUGGUACUUGGAAACAAGUGAAAGCACCUGGGGCUCCUCCACCCAGAAGUGCUCACCAAGCCGUUGCCACCCCAGCUAACAAAGGUGAGCUGUGGGUGUUUGGUGGAGAAUUCACAAGCCCCACCGAGACACAGUUUUAUCAUUACAAGGACUUGUGGAGGUUUUCUCUAACCGAAAAAAAGUGGGAAAAGGUGAUUGCACCAAAUGGCCCGUCACCGAGAUCAGGACACCGCAUGGUGUUGCUGGGUAGAAAGUUGUUUGUGUUCGGAGGUUACUGUGACGACGGUAGAGAAUGCAAAUACUUUGACGACUUGUAUACAUUCUGUCUGGACACAAGAGAAUGGAGCAAACUGACGCCGAGUGGCCGAGGGCCUACACCUAGAUCUGCUUGUGUGAUGCUCCCCGCUGGGAAUGAUUCAUUAAUAAUCUACGGCGGUUUCUCUCGUGUCCGCGAAGGUCGCUCGGAGCGCGCAGUGACGCACCCGGACAUGUUCCGGCUGAGCGCGCGCGGGACGGGCUGGACAUGGCGCACGCUGGGAGCGGGGGCCGCUCGCGCGGGACAGGCCGCCGCCGCGCCUGUCUGCAGCGCGCGGGCGUACGUGUUCGGGGGGGUCGCGGAUAUCGAAGAGACGGAAGAAGAAUUACGGGGAGAGAUGAGCGAUGAGUUGAAAGUGUUAGACUUAGAGACGUGUCGCUGGCAUCCCGUUCUCCUACGGAACGCGUCGACUGAAACGAACGAGAAAACCAUUCAACAGGCGACGGAACAGACGGAGCAGACUGAAAAGGAAGAAAUUACAGUGGUGACGGACGAGGUGUUCAGCAUGCGGCUGAGCACGAAGGCCCCGCCCCCCGGGGCACAGCCGGCCCCGCCCCCCGGGGCACAGCCGGCCCCGGGCGCGGUGGGCGGGGCGGGGGGCCGGCCGGGGCGUGGCGCGGGCCCGUUCGGGCGCAUGUCGGCCGCGCUGGCGGCGCAGCGCUCGCAGCUCUACGUGUACGGCGGCGUGCUGGAGCGAGACGACAAGCAGUUCUACCUGGGCGAUAUGUACUCGCUCGAUUUACACAAACUAAACGAGUGGAAGACAAUCAUCGAACAGCCAACAUUGCCCGACUGGUUCGGUUCCGAUUCUGAAGAUGAAACCGAUUCGGCAAGUGAAACAGAUGGUAGUGAGGAUUCAGAGGUCUCAGGAGAUUAGACAAAACUAUUAUGUAUAUUAAGUAUAAAAAGCUGACAAAUAUUAAUAUGAAAUUUAUAAAUCUAGUUGCAGAUGAAACAAUAAGUUUCCAAUACAGUAACAAGGAAUCACUAGUAUGUUACUCAGUUCAUUGUGUGCGGUAUUUAUGUUUUAUAUAAUUAAGGUCUGAGAAAAUCUUUUCACAUAUCUUGAACCAAAACUAUUUAAGAACUGUAAUGCAAUUUGGUUGGUGUGUACAGAACUUGAUUGUGCGGGACAUUUGUGCCUUGCGGGGCUGGGCAUCCUUCCUAUAGACGAUACUAUCAAUGUUUAAAAACACCAUUUUUUUCGUCAGCUCCUUAAAUUUGUGUAAUUAUAUUAUAAUUACAAUUUCAUUAUAAAAUGUAAGUGAUAUUUUCUUCAUUGUUACAAUUUAUGUGUAAAUAAUGUAAGAAAUAAAUGAAUUUAGUUAAAAACGGA